CAGCCCUUGAACUUGGCAGACCGUUGGAGAGCAGCCGCUCAACGGCGGCGGCGGCGACGGCAGCCGCAUGGAUCAUGCCGUCAAGGCGACGCGCGGCCGCCCGCUCAACACGCUGCGCUUCGAGAACGAUGAACUGGAAUGCCUCUAUCAGCGCUACACCCUCAAGCUGCAGCGCUUCUCCGUGCUGGGCGUCGUCGCCCUGGUCCUGGUCCUCUGCGGUGUGAUGGCCGCCCUGUCCCUGGCCUUCAACAACGCGGCCACCUUUCAUAACAUCUUCAACUCGAUUUUGUGUGUGCUCUUCGCCGUUGUGCUGGUGCUGCUGCAAUGCUCGGUCAUCAAGGAUCACCACUUGCCCACGCUGUGCUAUGGCAUCCUGCUGUUCACGGCCAGCAUUUGCAUAGUCUCGAUGCCGACGGUGGGCCGCGCCUUUCCGGUGGACACCAGGGAGGUGAUGGCCGAGGGCGUCUGGCAGAUAGUGUUUGUCGUCUUUCUGGCGUAUGCGAUGAUGCCGCUGCAGAUCUGGGAGGCGGUCGCCUUUGGCAUUUCGCUGCCGUCGGUGCACAUCAGCAUCACGGUCUAUAUGAUCUUUACGGGCGCGCUGCGAGGCCUGGAGUACACGCAGCUGAUUGCCAACAUUGUCAUCUUCAUUGGCGUGAACGUCGCUGGCCUCGUGGUGAACAUCAUGAUGGAGCGCGCCCAGCGACGGGCGUUCCUCGACACGCGCAACUGCAUCGCGGCACGUCUGGAGAUUCAGGACGAAAAUGAGAAACUGGAGCGAUUGCUGCUCUCGGUGCUGCCCCAGCACGUGGCCAUGCAGAUGAAGAACGACAUUCUGUCGCCAGUGGCGGGCCAAUUCCAUCGCAUCUACAUACAGAAGCACGAGAACGUGAGCAUCCUCUUUGCGGACAUAGUCGGCUUCACCGUGCUCUCCUCUCAGUGCAGCGCCCAGGAGCUGGUGCGGCUGCUCAACGAGCUCUUCGGUCGCUUCGAUCAGCUGGCGCAUGAUAAUCACUGCUUGCGCAUCAAAAUAUUGGGCGAUUGCUAUUACUGUGUCUCCGGCCUGCCGGAGCCCCGCAAGGAUCACGCCAAAUGCGCCGUGGAAAUGGGACUCGAUAUGAUCGAUGCCAUUGCCACCGUUGUGGAGGCUACCGAUGUCAUCCUGAACAUGCGCGUGGGCAUCCAUACGGGCCGUGUGCUCUGCGGCGUCCUGGGGCUGCGCAAGUGGCAGUUCGAUGUGUGGUCCAAUGACGUCACGCUGGCCAAUCACAUGGAGUCCGGCGGCGAGCCGGGCCGAGUGCAUGUGACGCGCGCCACCCUCGACUCGCUGUCGGGCGAGUACGAGGUGGAGGCGGGUCAUGGCGACGAGCGCUCCUCGUAUCUGCGGGAUCACGGCGUGGAUACGUUCUUCAUUGUGCCGCCGCCGCAUCGGCGCAAGCCCCUAAUGCUAAACACGCUUGGUGUACGCUCGGCGAUCGGUAGUCGGCGCAAGCUAUCAUUUAGAAACGUUUCGAACGUGGUCAUGCAGCUGCUGCACACCAUCAAGUUCUCGGAGCCGGUGCCGUUCUCCAACAUUGCCACCGGUUCGUUCCCAUCGGCGGCUGCCGCCCUGGGCGGCGGCGCGGCACGUGGCAGCAGCACCGAUGCGACCGCUGCCAGUGUCCAGGUGUCGGAGAAGGGUUCGCGCAAGUCACAGUCGAAGGUCGCGGACAAGUUCAAGCGACCAUUCCGCAAACGUCACUCGGUGGCCGCCCAUCAUCAGCCGACGAAUCGGGUGAAUCGCUUCCUCUCCCAGGCCAUAAAUGCCCGAUCCGUGGACUGUGAUAAGUCGGAGCAUGUGGAUCGAUUGACGUUGCGCUUCCGGCAGAGCGACAAGGAGCGCGAAUAUCACAAGGACUUCGAUCUGGGCUUCACCACGGCCAUGGGCUGCUCCCUGCUGUUGCUAAUACUGGGCGCCGCCUUGCAGGUGACCGCAUUGCCGCGCACCCUAAUCCUGCUGCUGUUGUUCCUCACGGCCUUCAUUUGGGUCAGCGCCAUACUGAUGCUGCUGCUGGCCGUUCGGCUAAAGUGGAUCAUCUGGGACAUAUCCGAGAGCUUCUCGCUGCGCAUGGCCAUCACAAUAUUCACGAUUAUACUCAUCUAUUCCGUGGGCCAGGUGAAUGUGUUCACCUGCGUGUCGGAUCAUCCCUGCUGGGAUAAUGGCACCUAUAUGGACGUCCAUCCCCUGGACUCGCAAGGACUUGACAUGUCACCGCUGAUCAGCAAACAUAGCGAUUCCCAUCGCAAGUGCUCCUUGCCGCAAUACGUCUCACUGUCGGCGGCUUUUGCUUUCCUCUCCGUGUCCGUGUUUCUCAGAUUGCCGAUUAUAUUCAAGUCGCUGCUCGUGCUGGGCAUGGGCACCAUCUAUGGCCUGUUCAUUGAGCUGUCGCACCAGAACAUCUUUGAUUGCUACGACAGUCGUGUCAAAGCAACUAUUCCGCUUCAUUUGAUCUCAUUGGCGCGCAUUGUCAUCUUUAUGAUUGCGAUACUGGUGCACGGACGGCUGGUGGAGGGCACCGCCCGGCUGGACUUUCUCUGGCAGCUGCAGGCCUCGCAGGAGAAGAAGGAAAUGGAUGUGCUGCAGGAGUCGAAUAAGCGCAUUUUGCACAAUUUGCUGCCCGCUCAUGUGGCUGCACAUUUUCUCGAUGCGCAAUUUCGUAAUAAUAUGGAGCUCUAUCAUCAGAGCUACGCCAAGGUGGGCGUCAUAUUCGCCAGCGUGCCGAACUUCAAUGAGUUCUAUACUGAGAUGGAUGGCUCGGAUCAGGGGCUGGAGUGCUUGCGCCUGCUCAACGAGAUAAUUGCGGACUUUGACGAGCUGCUCAAGGAGGAUCGCUUUCGGGGCAUCGACAAGAUCAAGACCGUGGGCAGCACCUACAUGGCCGUGGUCGGCCUCAUACCCGAGUACAAGAUUCAGCCCAACGAUCCCAACUCGGUGCGGCGUCACAUGACGGCGCUGGUCGAAUACGUCAAGGCCAUGCGGCUCUCCCUGCAGGAGAUCAACAGUCACUCCUACAAUAACUUUAUGCUGCGCGUGGGCAUCAACAUUGGUCCCGUUGUGGCGGGCGUGAUUGGAGCCCGGAAGCCGCAGUACGAUAUCUGGGGCAACACGGUGAAUGUGGCCAGUCGCAUGGACUCGACCGGAGUGCCCGGCUACUCGCAGGUCACCCAGGAGGUGGUGGACAGCUUGGUUGGCUCGCACUUUGAGUUCCGCUGCCGCGGCACCAUCAAGGUGAAGGGCAAGGGCGACAUGGUCACCUAUUUCCUCUGCGACAGCAGCAGCAAUGCCCUAAAUGGCGAAGUGCGCAACGCCAUGAUCAGCAACCGGACGUCGGCAGCGAACGAUGCGCAGUCGCUGUCACAUGCUGGCGGCGGCGGCGGCGGCGGCCUGCAUCCUGCCGAAUACUAUCAGAAGGCCUCACAGUUCCAGGAGAAUCGCCUCAACACGGACACCUACAGCAAGAAGGACAAUGGCCAUCUGUAUAAUGUGUGUGGCGGCGAGGAGCAGCAGCUGCUGCUGCAGCAUCAGCACCAACAGCCGCUGCCCGCACCACCCACACAGCACCACCAUCUGCACCAGCAGCAGCAGCAGCGCCUCAACAGCAAGCUGCAGAAGCAGCCCAAUUUCAUGACCAAUGGGGGAUUGCCCAAUAUUCGGGAGAAUGGGCACAAUGGCGAGAUGCACUAUAUGACCACUAAUUUGGCGCCAGCAACACUCACUGUUGCAGUGCAGCAGCAACAGCAGCAGCAACAGCAGCAGCAGCUACAGCAGCAGCAGCAGCAACAACAGCUCCAACUCCAGCACCAGCUCCAGAUCCAGCACCAGCACCAGAUCCAGCACCAGCACCAGCUCCAGAACCAGUCCAUUCCUUCGGUAAUGUUGCGCGAAUUCAAUAUAAUUGAGAAUCCGAAUACCGGUGGCAGGCAUCAGCAGCUGCAGCAGCAUCAGCAGCAGCAACAGCAGCUGGAGCAGUUGCCGCCAGCGCAGCGGCCACAUCAUGCCAAUAGCCUUGAUGGCGCUGCUGUGGUCGGUGUGCUCGGCGGCGAUUGCUUUAUGGUGCCGCGGCGCGAACAGCUGCGCAGCUAUGCGCCGCCGCCGGCGCUGCCCUUUAACCAGCAUGGCCAGCAUCACCCACUGCAUCAUCUGUAUCACCAGCAUCAGCAUAUGAAUCAGCUUCAGCCAUCGUCCUCCAGCCUGGGCUAUGGCCACUGCCGUGAGAGCGAGCCGCUAUUGCAUGCCAGCAGCGUCGCGCCGGUAGCCAAGGCAAACCUCGGACACGGAAUCCUGCGAGAUAUUGCACGAGACUCGCAGUCAGAUGCAGGCGCUGGCCAUGCUCGAGCUGCAUGCGGCCAAGGAGCAGUUGCAGCAACAGCAACAGCAGCAGCAACAGCAACAACAGCAGCAGCAGCAGAGAUCGUACCGACAGCGCCCGCGUUCCAAGGAACUACAGAACAGCUACGAGAGUCUCGACCGGCUGGAUGGCUCGAUGCAGCAGCCGCAGCAGCAACAAUCGCAACGGCAGCGGCAUCACCAUCACCAUCACCACCAUCAGCAGCGACAGCAACAGCAGCGCUCCAAUCAUGUGGAGCAGGAGGAACGCGAUGAUACGGAGGACAACCUGGCUGAUGAGGAGUUCGAGGAUGAUGAGGUUGGGCGUGAUGUGCGACAGAAGCGCCUGUUGCAGAGCGA